AUGGCGAACGCAUUCGGUUCGGCAUGGCGCUCCUUCUGGCAUACCAUGACCUCCUAUGACCGUCAUGCCUCCCACGACUCGCCCUACCGGACUGGCCAACACGUCCCCCUCAGUCAAAGCCGCCAUGAACCUCUCACCUCCAUUGCUACUAGCGCAAUCGAGUCCCGCCCCGACCUCUCCAGUCCCUACGACGACGAGCCAACCAAGGGCUCGGCAUCCGCACAAGCGACUGAAUGGAACGGUUCUCCAACUGAUGUGGGCUCCCCAACCCGCCCCUACUCGCCGGGGAUGCGGUCGCUCGCGUCCCAAAAGCGCGGAUCGAACGAGCAGGCUGAUGGCGCGGCGGAGAUCCAGAUGCAGAGCUUCCAUGACGGGGCGCCGCCUCCGCCCCCGGUCGCUCACUCCUGGCGCAAAAUUGAGCGGUGGCUGGAACACAACUAUGAGGAGCUCUUGGAUAAUCUCGGUGAAGGGUGCACGCAGAACGAUAUUAACGAAUUGGAACACGAGUUAGAUUGCACUCUGCCAUUAGAGGUGCGCGAGUCGCUGAUGAUCCAUGAUGGCCAGGAGCGGCCUGGUCUGCCCACAGGCGUCCUUUUCAGCUCCAUGCUGCUGGACUGUGAAGAGAUUGUGCAGGAGCGGAGGAACUGGAAGACUGUGAAUGAUGAGUUCCUGAACGCCGCCGCGAUUCACGAUGCGGCCCCUCCUCCCCCGGUCUCCAGCUCCGCCGCGAGCUCGUCCUCCGCCGCCGCGUCCUCUCAGCAACAAGGCAACACGGGUGCUUGGCGCAAUGACCUGCUUGACCGCCAGGACUCGCAGCCUCCCGGUGCCGUGCAGAAAGUAUAUGCCCACCAUGGCUGGAUUCCCCUCGCCCGUGAUUGGGGCGGCAACCACAUCGCCAUUGACCUGGCACCCGGUCCAGCCGGCAAAUGGGGCCAGGUGAUCAUCUUCGGCCGCGACUACGACUGUAAAUAUGUCAUUGCGCGGUCGUGGGCCGCUUUCCUGGCCGCUUUCGCGGACGACCUGUGCAGCGGCAAGGCCGUGGUCGACGAGGAGACCAAUGAAAUGAAGCUGAAGGAGUUCAAGUCGCAAAAUGUUGAGCCGUCAUACUUGGAAAUCUUGCGCUGGCGGGCAGAUCAGAAGUACGGCCGCCGAGCGCCGCGCCGACGUGGUCCCAACGGCCUGGGCGCGAAUGCCUCCGGCAAGUCCAGCAGCCGGGACUCGCCAUAUGGCAGCCCGACUCGGGCCGAUGAGCGCGGCCGCUCGCCGCACCGGUUCUCCAAGGGCUCCGCGCAGAGCCCCAAGACUCCAUUUGGGGUGUCCAGCCCUCUGGCCCGCGUGACGGAGGAGACCUCCAGUACCGUUGGCCCCGCAGGCCCGACGAUCUCGGAGGAUCCCCGGGAGCACAACAAGGAGGCAGAACAGAUGGAAGACCUGAUGGAGGUGGCCACACCGCAGAUCUCCAACAAGGAGAACGAGGGUUUCCCGGAGAAGGCAGAUGACGUGAAGCCGUCCGAGGCCGAGAAGACGGAAAAGAGCGACGGCGCGGAAUCUUCCAAUGCCAUGAAUUCGGAGGUCCUCGGGGAAAUGAAGAACGUGGCCAUUUAG